CGCGGUCCAAGGCUACGGUUGACGGUCAAGAUCGGAGAAAAAAAAAACGGAACACAAGAGGGUGACGGACGUGGUAGCCAGUCGACCAGGGAAGCUAUUGCGCGAUUUUCGGUGGUGAUAACGGUGCGCCUCGAUCGGUGAGGGUCGAUAUAAAUUCGGCGGAAAAGACGGGCAACCAUGAGAAUAAUCGCGCCAGUUUUCUUGGUCCUCGGACUCGCUCUGUACGUUCAUUGCGCGGAGGAGAACAAGCCGAAGGAGGAUGACAUCGGCAUUCUGGAGUGUAUGUUCACGGACCACGCGGGAAAUUGCCUCAGGACAAGACUGGCCCGCGACCUGGACCAGAUCGAGUUGGAAAUUACCGGGAAGAAAAGCGAGCCGCCGAUGAGCGCGGUAGUCGAACAAGCUGGCAAUAUCAUCGCUGAGGUCGUUGAUGAUCUGCAGGAGAAUGGUGCGGAAGAAAUCGUAGAAGAGGACGACGCUCAGGACAAUAUAGAAGAGGCGAGGAAAAAGAAGUUCAGCAAGAAGAAGCUGAAACAUUUGCAGAAAAUUCUGGCAUUGGUGAUGCUGCUGAAAGCGAAAUUCAGCCUGUUGCUGCAACUGAUAAGCACCCACUUCCAGUUCAAGUUCUUCAUCAUCGCUGUCAUCUCGUUGAUACUGAACGCCGCCAGGUUCUGGAUAGAGAUCAAGAAGAAUAAUCCUUCCAAGGUUAUCUACUACGAGCAUGCACAGCAUCAGCAUCACUACGAUCACGAUGAUCACGAGCAUGGUUAUUGGGGAAGAUCGUCGAACGAAACGCCUCAGGAACUUGCUUACCGCGCUUACAUACCCAAGGACUGACAUCAAGAUCGCAUAAAUUUGACCGAGGAGACGGUCCUUUUGCGCAAGAAACAUCAAAGAAGAAUCGAACGAUGAUACAAAUUUCAUCGCAAAAUGAUUAUCGUCUCAUCGUUCUUUUAAUUUUAUAUAGUUAACAACUUAGACAGGUAUUCAUAGUCGGUUCUUAUUUUAA